AUGCGUCCUCUCUCGCUUUUCUUCCGACUUUCCUUCCUCUUGUUCGUCCUUCUCUUCCCGUCUCCCUCUGUCGACGCGCUCCUCCAGUCUUCCUCAGUCGCGGGUUCCUUUCCUACGCCAGCUUCGGUGGCUUCUUCCGGUCGUUCUGUCUCGCCGCACAACGCGCUGUACGUACACUCCAGGACUGAGGCGACUGCGGGGCUGCCCUCCGGAGCUUCUCUCGCUAUCACCCUGAAUGGGGAAAGCGAAGAACCACGUAGAAAUGGUGCAAGGAGGAAGGGAUCUAAGUCCCUAGGUUUCCUCGUCGCGCCUCCUCUUUCGCGGAGCUGUACCACGGAGCAGACCGGAGAGCUUUUCUCCGGAGGAGCGAAGGUUCGCGGGUUAAAUGUCCAGGUCACUGCGUCGCCCGUCGGUCGCGAACUCGCUUCUUCUCUCCGGUCGCGUGCAUCGGAACCUGAAAUUCGACAACUCGCUGCGUCGCCGAUCUUCGGUGCUCCCAAGCCGUUCUCUUCCUGUCCGUGUUCGUCCUCGUCUCGUUCCUCUUGUGCUGCGCAUCCUAGUGCGCUGCUGCCUGAGGUCUGUUCCUUCGUGUCUCGCCGCGGAGCCCGAAGAAAUCUCGGAGCCCAACGCGGUCGCGGGCCUGGGGCGCGGGGCCAGCGCCUCGGGGCCGCGGCGGGUCCGACGCCGGUGGGGAAGGGAACACCCGGCGGGGCGAAGGGUCAGUUCAGAGGCGGGAUGAGUGCGCAGAAGGGAGCGGUGCAUCAAGAGCCGCUCCGAGGCCGCCUUGAGGAAGACGAAGAGGAAGAGGACGAGUUCGAAGACGAUGAGUUCGAUGACGAAGACGAGGGCGAAGACGAGGGCGAAGACGAGGAAUACGAUGAGGAGGAUGAUGAGGACUACGAUCCGAUGACGCCACGGGGGCCCCUCGACAACAACAACUACGGCGAGGUCUGGCUUCCCAUUCAAGCACGCCCUCGAAGAAACCGGAAAAACCGCGCCGUUCGCCAACUCGUCCAGGAAAACCUCGUCAAACCUUCGAGUCUCAUCUAUCCUCUUUUUGUCCACGACGAAGAAACGAGUGUGCCGAUUCCCUCGAUGCCUGGCCAAAGUCGUCUGAGCAUGGAAGAUCUGUUGAAGGAGGUGGGCGAGGCCCGAAGCUACGGCAUCAAAGCGUUCAUGCUCUUCCCGAAAGUCGAUGACGAACUCAAAUCAGUCAUGGCCGAAGAAAGCUACAAUCCGGACGGCCUCUUGCCUCGCGCCAUAAUGGCUCUGAAGGAAGCUUUCCCAGAUGUCCUUCUCCUGGCAGAUGUGGCUCUUGACCCAUACAGCUCUAUGGGUCACGAUGGCGUUGUCGAUGAACAAAGCGGAAAGAUCGUAAACGAUCUUACUGUUCACCAGCUGUGCAAACAGGCGAUUACGCUUGCGCGCGCAGGGGCAGAUAUGGUGUGUCCGAGUGAUAUGAUGGACGGACGUGUGUCGGCGAUUCGGGAGUCUCUCGACAUGGAAGGUUGCACAGACACCAGCAUUCUCGCCUACUCCUGCAAAUACGCCUCCUCGUUCUAUGGCCCGUUCCGCGAUGCUCUGGACUCACACAUGGUUGGCGGCACAGACAAGAAAACAUAUCAGAUGGACCCGUCGAACUCCCGCGAAGCAGAGAGAGAAGCCGAAGCAGACGCCUCUGAAGGCGCGGACAUGCUGAUGGUGAAGCCGGGGCUCCCGUAUCUGGAUGUAUUGGCAAAGAUUCGCGAGAAGUCGAAACUGCCCAUGGUGGCUUACCACGUUUCGGGAGAAUAUGCUAUGCUCAAAGCCGCGGCGGAGAAGGGCUACAUCAGUGAGAAGGAUACGGUCCUGGAAGUCCUCAAGAGCUUCCGACGCGCGGGUGCAGACGCCGUGGCCACCUACUACGCCAAAGAGGCGGCCAAAUGGAUGGUCGAGGACAUGAAAGGAACGCAGAAGUUUACAGAACCCUGCUACUAAACGGACGAGAAGAAAGGGGAUAGGACAUGUCAUCGCCUUCGGCGUUCCCCAAAGACCUAAGGACACCCAGGGUGGAGAGGGAGUUCUGUAGGACUCAGCAAGAAGACGAAAGUCUCAGGUGCUCGCUUCGCAACCUCCGUCUUCUCGGCAACCGCCCUUGCCUAUUUCUGCCCCAGUCCUUGCAGAUGUUCUGUUCGCCCGGAGGACGUUGCGGCGGUCGGCCUACUGAGCAGAAGGGAUGCGGAGCCUGGCAGAGGCAGGCGUGGAAUUGGAGCAUUGUUUCUCAGACUUCAGCUGGAAUUUGGAAGAGAAUGCGGAGUGCACACGGCAUCUGCCGAAAGCUGAUGACGCGGACCCCUCUUCGCGCGGUCUUCAACUUCGCACAGCGAUUUGUCUUUUUUCGUCGAGAAGGAAGCUGUUGACGUGGAAAACGAAAUGCAGAGCCGUGUUCAGAAGGACCGUUUCUCAGAUGGGUCGGAUUCCGAAACUCCGAGGUGG